ACAUCCACCAUGGAGGCAGAGGAUCCAACCCCUAUCCAGAUCGAUCUAAGCGCGCCAGUUCCGCAAGUAACAGGUUGCAGGACCCAUGGACAGGUGGCGUUAACAUACAGUGAAGGACCGAGUGAUGCAACAGCCGGGAUUGCUCGACAGCUGAACCAAGCGGAAGCCCGGGGCAACUUUUUUAUCAAUGCAUCCAUGAUGUAUGCCCAGCAGUAUGCAAUGGUCGUGCAGAAUUUGUAUCAUGCUGGUCAUUUGAUCGGGAUGACUUACCGGGUUCCCUUUGAUUUGGAGGAACGCGGGACCGAAUCGGUGACGGACGAUAUGCUGGUCAAUGAUAUCCUUAAUCAAGCGUACAUGAUUGAAACAUUGAUUGGGAUGGCCCCGAAAUACGUCCGAAUGCAUUACACUGCCACGUCUCCCAGCCCACUGGAUGUGCGAGCCGAACAUUUGCUGCAUCAAAACGGGUUUGUCCUUGUAGGCUAUAAUCUCGACAGUAAGGACUACCAGUUGAAGGAUGGCGGAUCCAUUGAAAAAGAAUAUGUGCGCGCCUUCCGACAUCAAAAAGAUACAUAUGAUGCCAAAGGAUCUUUUAUAUCCAUUCAAUACGAUGUCCCAUCCACUGGGUCCCUCAAGGCCGUGCCCAAUGUAAUCAAAGCACUCAACGACGAAGGGUACACUGCUGUACGAUUAGACGGCUGCUUGAACGACCCAGCUCCUUAUAAAGCUUCCGCUCAACAGCUAAGCUAUGUGGGCGACAAGUUUUCAUUCAACACCACAGGGUACCAUCAGGGCCAAAAACUUAUACCUAUCGUUGCUGAGGCUUCGGAGAACGAGGACGCCGUGCAUGGAUUAUCGGCCCAACCAGACGAAAGUAGUGCCAACCGUCAUGCAAUGACUUUACCUCUUCUUUCCCUCACCCUUGCUCUUCUACUGUAUGAUACUAUGCUAGUAUUUUUAUAA